AUGGCCGAAUCCCCUCCAAGGUCCUCAUACGCAAGUCGCCAUCCGCAGCGUCUCCAAAUCAUUACGAACCUACGGCCAAAGGAACGACCUGCUCCAUCACCACGAAGACGAGUGUCUGUGGCUCCGAGAGACGACAUUGAGAGUGGGGUCUCCCCUUUUACUAUCCGGCCAGGAUGUCGAGAUAGUAUCCAGACAUCCACCUCACAGUCCCGUUCCACGUCCCUCGCAUUUGACUACAACAUCUUCGGUGCAGGCACGCGACACCACCGCCUCACAUCAACCAUGGGUCGCAUCAACGAGGCUGAAGAUGAAGAGAGGGAAAAGUUGAUCGACAAUGGUGAAUCUUCCCUUGGCGCUCCACAUUCCAGGCAAUCCGAGGAUAGCGUUUCGACAGCAUCCACCACUUCACUUGUCCUCGAGAACCUCAACUCGGUCUACGCUUCAAAAGAGGGGCGACAACCCUUUGAAUAUCGCGACAAUGACAGCGACCCUGAACUCCCCAGGUUCAAAGAUCAAAGCCAGGCUAUGGUCGGUCAACGCAUGUCCAAAAAUUUCCGCCGGGCUAUCUGGAUAGUCUCAGUGGUUGCCAUCAUCGGCUGGGCCUUUGCAUUGGUGGUCUUCAUCUCGGGCGGACGCUACAAGCAUUCCUCGAAACUGGAUUACAACCAUGAGACACCGGGCAAGAGUUCGGGGAAGAAGGUCACCCUUGAACAGGUACAAUCGGGCCAGUGGAGUGUCAGGCAUGCCUCAAUACAAUGGAUCAAAGGCCCUGCGGGAGAGGACGGGCGGUUGUUGGAAUACAACCAACCAGGGAAAGAUUUUCUUGUUGUGGAAGACAUCCGAAGUCGGAACGCAUCCUUGAAUGCCUCCCAGAGCAAGACACUUAUGAAAAGUGGUUAUAUUGACGUGAACGGCCAGCAAAAGUGGUCCGAGGACUUUUGGGUCAGUCCAGAUCACAAGCAUGUCUUGAUCUUGGUCGCCAGGGAAAAGGUGUUUCGUCAUUCCGCUAUCGGCAAAUAUUAUAUCUUGAGUGUCGAAACUCAGGAUGUUCAGCCACUCGACCCGGCCUUUGCGGACUCAAAGGUGCAACUCGCAACGUGGUCUCCCACCAGCAAAUCGAUUGUCUUCACGCGAGACAACAACCUCUAUCUUCGAGAACUCUCGUCUUCCAAGGUCACGCAAAUAACGACAGAUGGCGGUCCCGAAUAUUUCUAUGGAAUUCCAGAUUGGGCGUAUGAGGAAGAAGUCUUCGGCACCAACUCUGCCACCUGGUGGGCCAGGGAUGGGAAGUACCUCGCCUUUCUUCGCACAAACGAGACCGCUGUUCCCGAAUACCCCGUACAGUAUUUUCUCUCGAGACCUAGUGGCAAGACACCUCCCGAAGGUCUCGAAAACUACCCUGACGUGAGACAAAUCAAAUAUCCAAAGGCGGGUGCACCCAACCCGGUUGUCGACAUGCUCUUUUACGACAUCGACAAAGAGCAAGUAUUUGAGGUCAAUAUCAAAGGUGGGUUUCCCGACGAAGAUCGUAUCAUUUACAACACCGUGUGGGCGGACAACGGCAAGGUCCUGGUUUCCGAGUCAAAUCGUGAGAGCGAUCGUGCGAGAGUCGUCCUCGUCGACGUCACCACACAAACUGGACAGACGGUUCGGACCAUCGAUUUGAAAGAAGUCGAUGGUGGAUGGGUUGACCCGACACAGUACACACAGUACAUCCCGGCCGAUCCAAAAAACGGACGACCGGACGAUGGCUAUGUGGACAUCAUUGUAUCCGACAAUGGUAAUCAUCUGGCAUACUUUUCACCCCUCAACAGCUCCAUACCAGUCACACUCACCAAGGGCGCCUGGGAAGUUGAUGGAGGUGCUUCCGCGAUCGAUCUCAAGAAUAACCUCGUCUAUUUCAUCGCUGCCAAGGAGGCGCCCACGCAGCGCCACCUCUACAGUGUCAAGUUGGAUGGGAGCGCUUUCAGCUCACUCGUGCCCACCGAGGACGCUGCCUACUGGGGAGCCUCUUUCUCCUCGGGUGGUGGGUACAUCAACCUGCAAUACAGUGGGCCGGGCAUCCCAUACCAAAAGGUCAUCUCGACUCCUGCAAACACCGAAAAGAUCGAGCAAAUGGUCGAAGAUAACAAGGGGCUUGCCAAGAUGGCUGCAAGCCACGAACUUCCUCAUCUGGUCUACCAGAAUAUCACCGUUGAUGGUUACACACUCCAAGUUGUGGAAAGAAGACCGCCCCAUUUCGACGAGAAAAAACAAUACCCCGUACUCUUUUACCUCUAUGGUGGACCCGGCUCCCAGAUGGUGACUCGCAGAUUUCAAAUUGAUUUUCAAUCUUAUAUCGCGAGCUCUCUUGGCUACAUCGUCGUGACGGUUGACGGGCGAGGUACGGGAUUCAUUGGACGAAAAGCCCGCACCAUCGUCCGCAACGAGCUCGGAAAGUAUGAAGCCCAUGAUCAAGUUGCAGCCGCCAAGAUCUGGGCCGCGAAAAAGUAUGUCGAUGCCUCCCGAUUGGCGAUCUGGGGCUGGUCGUAUGGAGGAUUCAUGACGCUCAAGGUUCUCGAGGUCGAUGCAGGACAGACCUUCAAGUACGGCAUGUCGGUCGCUCCCGUGACGGAUUGGCGCUUUUAUGAUUCCAUCUACACAGAGCGCUACAUGCGUACCCCGCAACAUAAUCCGGAUGGCUACGACCGUACGGCCAUCUCCAACGUGACGGCCAUCUCCCAGAAUGUGCGAUUCCUCAUCAUGCACGGCGUCGCUGACGACAACGUUCACAUGCAAAAUACACUGACGCUGUUGGACAAGUUCGACCUCCAAGGUAUCGAGAACUACGAUGUCCAUUUCUUCCCCGACAGUGACCACUCGAUCUACUUUCACAACGCGAAUCAUAUUGUGUACGAUAAACUGAGUACUUGGAUCAUCAACGCCUUUAAUGGCGAGUGGUAUCGGACGGACGACCCGAAGCCGCUGGAAGGGUGA